CACACACAAAGGGACCACUGCCAAAAAUGAAGUUUACUAAAUGAAGUUCUAAGUAUAGACUGUGGAUCGUAGUUGCGCAAAACGGAAUCUUCCAUUCUAUGGUACAGCCUACGAAAACAAGACGUCUAACCGAAAGUUGCUCCUUUUUUUCUUAGGCUACGAGUUAAAAGUCCUUAUUACGCGCUUCCACGCUUAAUUUGCUCUAUUGCCUAGUGUUUACAAGCCAAAUCAAGCUCAAUCAAAGCCACGGGCAUCGCACGAACACCGGCAAGCAGAAUGGCACUUCCAAAUGAAAAGUUAUUUUUACAUUUCUGUGCGAUUGGCUUCCGUGCGCAUAUUGGUUCCUUCUGAGACCAAUGAGUGGAACGGAAGGGGAAAGCGGUGCUUUAAAAUACUUCAAUUUCAGUUAUGCGCACAGCCAAACACAAAAAAGGUGCAACAGGUUACAUCAUGGAGCCGCUGAAGAAUAUGUUUGUUCGCAACCCUCUGUCCAGCUGGAAAGCCCUCGAACCGUCGCCUGAAGCGGACAGCUUCGCCAACCCGGUCUGGACGGCUUUAUUCGAUUACGAGGCCAGCGGAAAGGAUGAGCUUACGCUCCGCAAAGGCGACUUGGUGGAGGUGCUGUCGUUGGAUUCGGAGAUAUCGGGAGACGAAGGUUGGUGGGCUGGCAAGGUUAACAACAAAGUGGGCAUAUUUCCGUCUAACUACGUCUCUUUAAAGCCCAACGGCUAUGGACAGCUGCAGGCUCAGGAUGUGGUUGGGGAUCUUAGCCCAGUAGUUGGGGGCUGCGAACCCACACAGUUGGACUUUCGCGACCUCAGCCUGGAGGAGGUAAUAGGUGUAGGCGGAUUUGGGAAAGUGUACCGCGGCACUUGGAGAGGUGAACUGGUGGCCGUGAAGGCGGCGCGUCAGGACCCGGACGAAGACAUCAGCGUAACGGCCCAGAAUGUGAUGCAGGAGGCGCGGCUGUUUGCCAUGCUGAACCACUCGAACAUCAUCGCGCUGAAAGGGGUCUGUUUGCUGGAACCGAACCUGUGUCUCAUCAUGGAGUACGCCGCCGGUGGCGCGCUGAGCCGGGCGCUAGCCGGGUGCCGCAUACCCCCGCACGUCCUGGUAAAUUGGGCUGUGCAGAUUGCAAGGGGUAUGCUGUACCUCCACAGCGAGGCGAUAGUGCCCGUCAUUCACCGGGAUCUCAAGUCUAACAACAUCCUCCUGGCCCAGCCGAUAGAGGAUGAGAGGAUGGAGGGGAAGACCCUGAAGAUCACAGAUUUCGGGCUGGCCCGCGUGUGGCACAAGACCACCAAGAUGAGCACCGCGGGCACCUACGCCUGGAUGGCCCCAGAGGUCAUCAAGUCCUCCACCUUCUCCAAGGGCAGCGACGUGUGGAGCUACGGCGUGCUGCUAUGGGAGCUGCUGACAGGGGAGGUGCCCUACAGAGGGAUAGACGGUCUGGCUGUGGCCUACGGCGUGGCGGUUAACAAGCUGACCCUGCCCAUCCCCUCCACCUGCCCAGAGCCCUUCGCCCUCCUGAUGGCAGAGUGCUGGGAUCAGGAGCCUCACCACAGGCCCAGCUUCAGCGCCAUUUUGGCUCAGCUGACGGCUCUGGAGGAGCAGGUGCUGGAGGAGAUGCCGCCGGAGUCCUUCCACUCCCUGCAGGAGGACUGGAAACUGGAGAUACAGGACAUGUUCAACGAGCUGCGGGCCAAGGAGAAGGAGCUGCGCUGCAGAGAGGAGGAGCUGCAGAGAGCAGCUCUGGAGCAGAAGUCUCAUGAGGAGUUCCUGAGGCAGCGGGAGCAGCAGCUGGCUCAGUGGGAGCAGGACGUGUUCGAGCGCGAGCUCAGCCUGCUCAUCCUGCACAUGAACCAGCACAAGCCCAACGUCAAGAAGCGCAAGGGCACCUUCAAGAAGCACAAGCUCAAGGGCAAGAACAGCGACAAGAUCAGCAUGCCCCAGGAUUUCAUCCACAAGAUCACAGUGCAGGCAUCGCCCGGUCCGGAAAAGGGACAGAACUUUCCGGAUCUGGCCUCGGGGCUGUCUCCCACCUUCGGACCCCGAUUCCGGGCCAUCCAGCUCAGCCCCAGUGAGAGCAGCGGGGCCUGGGGCCUGGGUUCGGUGUGGCCCCCGGAUGUCCCCCCCGGUAAGCAGCUGAACGGGGCAGGGGACCAGCGGCUCAGCCCCCACUGGGGCCCUCACUGCCCACCUGGCCCUGACAGGCCCAGAGUCCUGCGUCUGAGCUCCCAGGAGAACGGCCUGUGUAUGAAAGCCAAAUCCCAGGAGUUGGACAGCACUCAGAGUGAUGACAUCAAGUCUGAUUUUGAGGAGAACACUAUGCCAGAGUCUUCCCCGAAUGGUUUCUCUUUGAAGGAGUCCUCAGGGGCCCGUCUACCUCAGGGGGACCCCGAAAGUGAGGAGGAGACCCCACACGGGCCCCUCCCAUCCCCAGCAGGCUCCCCGAGGGGCUCGAUUGGGGGGCUCCUAAAAUUCACCCACAGGGCCGCACUGGAGGGCGGGGCCCUGCUAGCCGCGGUGGCCCUGGGCCGCGGCAUCGAGACCCCCCCUGCCGUGCCCCCCAGGAGCAACGGCCUGCCCCUAAAACUGGGGCCCCAGUCCCGCGAGCACCCAGUAGAGGAGGAUCUCAUCACCUUCUCCCACUCCGGACCCGUCUUUGACUUCAUCCUGACCCCCCCGCACUGUGAAUCUGUGGUCCCGCCCCCCCCACUCCAGCUCUGCCGCGAUGGACAGGUGGGCGCGUGGCAGUCCUGGGGGGGGUCCGACUCGGACUUCAACUUCUCCCACCUCGUCCUGGACCUGCCGAUACUUUCGGAGGACUCCUCAGCCUGGGACGAUGACUGGAUGCCUCCAGCUUACCCCCAGUUUGGGAGACCCAAAAUGGUGGAGGUGAGCAUGAUUCCCCGGCCCCGGCCCUCUCCUCUGCGCCCCCGCAUCGAUGCCUGGAGCUUCAUCUCCACGGGCCGGUCCAGAGUCCCCCGACACCCCCCGAACCGCCUCCACUCCGACCGCGAUCCCUUCCCCGCUUCGGACCGCGACCCCUUCUCUCGCGGGGCUGAGCCCUUUUGGACUCCAGGAUGCUCCUCGCCCUCUGACCCCUUCUCCCCCCACACAGAGCCCCCAUCGCCUCCCUCUGUUGUGGGUGGGGUACGGGGCAGGGCCAGAGCCAGCCCACCCUCAGACAACCCCAAAGAGAAGAAGCAUCGAUAUGUGGACGACCCCUACACUACUCCGUCCCCUGACCACUUCUGACCAGGUCCAACCACCAAGGACCAGAUGGCCUGAACAGCACAACUGGGUGUGACCCUGGUCCUUAUUUCACAUACACUGCAAAAACCAAAAAAGAACAAGUAUUUUAGUCUUAUAUUGAAACUUUAUUUAACUUUUUUGCUAAAUAACAUUAAAAUAUUGCCAAUGAGGUAAGCCAGCUUGACUCAUAUCAAGAUUUGCCAAUGGACUAAGAAAGUUUUGCACGUCAAGCAAACUAGCUAAUAUUUUAUACUUGAGAGAAAAGUUACAAAAAAACUCUACAAACAGAGUCUCCCAACACCUCUUUGACAUCACAACCAUCGGAGGUCACCUGUGAUGUCCUACUGAGCAGCUCCCUCCCUCACAGAACCUGUGUUUACGUUCAACAGGACACAGUCAUCAAAUGGUGGCCAUCUGCUACAAUAGGCGGCUAAAGCACAUUUUCCGUGCCUCAAGAGUUGUCGGCAAGACUGGCGACUUUACAAACACAGCAGGCUAGUGUACAGUCCUCAAAGCCUUUAUAGCUCAAACAUCUUGGCUCAGGGUUGGUACACGUUCUUCAAGAAGAGAGCAUAUUUACCCUGAUUUUCACUUCAACUUGGACUGUAAUCGUGACUGUAGUCCAGUGUUUGUCUCUAUACGUAGGUCCUGAUAAUCAGUCAAAUCUGGAAUUGAAUUUUUUUUACUUUGAUGCCAAAGAGAAAAUCCAGUUAGAUGACACUUGCCAGCAAAAUGGGGAACAUUUAAAAUGUUUUGAGAUACAUUUUUAUUUUUUUUCCUGUUGCACCCCAACCUUGGCAAAGCUCCAGCCAAUUACACUGCCUAUUGGUCACAGUCUGCAUGAGCACACUCAGAAUUCAGUGCUAGAUUGUGAUUGCGGUGCGAGUCACUGAUCUGAAACCCAGUGUAUUAGCAGGGUGAGUAGCCUGGCAGCAAUACAAAGAGGCUCUCCUUGUUAAGCACGGUCCCUGAACACCACCGAGUGUUUAACCGGGUUUCUUCAAUGGGAGUGGGUUCACCUUCCCGUUCCUCAUUAGCUCCUUUUAUAUUCACACAGGAGUGUUCUCCAGAGACUCAGCAGAAAACGUAUUUCAUUUUUUCCCCCACAAAACACACAUUUCUUGGAUGACAACAACAACAAUUUAUUAUACACAUUAUUUUAUGUUUAUUGAAUGUCCCUUGUAGAGUAGGUCUCAGCACAGUGGGAUAUGUGGUUAGAAAGAUAGAUCAUUUUCUAGACACUCAAAGCGCUAUACAGUGAUGAGGGGGAAACUGGACUCAACCCUCAAUAACGUGUAGCACCCACCACAGCAUUUUGUGGAGACGGAAACAACAGUGUUUAAGCCAAUUGAAUCAGGGAUGGUUCCGAGGCAGGUUGAAAGUGCCGCGGUUGGGACUGUAGCCAGGACACCGGGGAACCCCCUACUCUUUUUGCAAAGAGUGUCAUGGGAUCUUUAAUGAACACAGUGAGUCAAAGAUGCUUUGGGUCUUGAAAUAAAGACCAGAAAUACACACCGAAUGCAGAAACAGCUUGCUGGGCCUUAGGAUGUUAGAGGACAGAGGCGCAGGAUUUAAAGCUCUUUUUGAUGCUUAAUGCCGAGCUUCCAGCCCUGCUUCUGAAAACUCUGUGUUUUCCGGGCUCAGAGCAAACGGAGUUCCAGUGAUUAGACUUAAUGAAGCUGCUAACUGCUCACCAAUCAUGAGGGUCAUCUGUUCGAGGUGCUGGAGAAAGGCGUUUGGGGAUGUGUGAAGAGAGAAGGUUAUGAUUACACUCUUAGAAAAAAAGGGGUUCUGAAAGGGUUCUUUGGCUUGAUUCCAUAGUGCAAGGAACUGCUGCUUUUCCACCCUCCCUUUACCUGGGAGUCAGGUGUGAACAGACUGGCCAAUAAGCAGCACUAAUUACCUAGGAGAAAAGAAAACCAGGGCUUUGUUUGGAUUGGAGUGCAAGAGUUGAUGACCCCUGCCAAAUUGGUUGCAGUGGAAAACCUGCUUUUUAUGGGGUUUUCAACAAUUUUGCCCGACAACGAAGCCGAUAGGGUUCUUCUAUGAAUCGCAGGUUUUUUGCUGUGCUGGGGAGCCGAGUGAAGUGAACCAAGCUUGAGGUCUUGCCACACCGCAGCUGGGAGAUACCGAUAGGUUAGUGGAAGGCGGUGGAGUGACGCUAGCUAGCGAAGUAUUGUGCCCAGUUAGCAAGACUAGUCGCUUCAGGGAGAGGAAGACGGGUGUUGGAGCUCACCAGAAACCGACGCCUUCGGUCCUCUCCGUUCUUGUGUGAUCAAGAAUGGUAUCGGUUUGUCUAGUGCAUGAACAUUGUUGUGGUUUGAGCGUGUUUGUUGCUGCAAUUCCUCUCUCCAUGAUAAUCAGGCUAACCAGCUCAAUUUUAGCUGCUUCUGGCUCUGCCAAUAAAAGAACACAUGGAAUAACAUAACAUGAGACGAACGGGCCAUUCAGCCCAGCAAUGCUUGCCGUUUCCAGCCACUAAAGUGUACAUACUCCUAAGUUAACAUAAAGGCUAAAUUGUAUCAGGCUUGGUCUUGAAAACCACACUGCAACACACUGCAAUCUGUCAGUGUGUCGAAGGACACAUUCGAAUAUGUGUUUUAUUGAACAUGACAGGUUUGUUUUCAUUUCAUCUCUCUGAAGCUUUCUCCCCGUGAAAUCUCGCUUUUUUUUUAUCCACCGGCGAGACGGAAUGCGAGUUUCAGAAGAUUCAUUUCGCCUUGAUCUUGUUUUGUAAUGUGGAUGAACGUCGAGUCGACCCACACGUCUGCUCCCAGAGCGACACACAGCUUUCAGUUGGUAGCUUAAUUAAGUGAGCUGUUUAACAGCGGACAGAAAGCUGGCUCACAGUGGGUCGGUAAAACGGCGGGCUGUGAGAAGCACAGAGCAAUUAGCUGCCUCUUGGUGACAGCACUGAGAACCUAUCAAUGCCCCGGCUUGUACUAGCGCUCUCGUUACAGGAGCGCUAGUGUUGGAUCAGGUUUUCCCUGCAAAGGACUCGUAAAAGGUUUCACUAUGUCUCCAUGAAGCAGUGUUUCUUUAACUACGUUUAACUAAGUUCCACCCCAAAGUGGGCCGUGGGAGUGUAUUUCUAAUUUGGGUCCCGAUAUGAGAGAGUUUUGAGAUGAACCUAAUCAAGUGCAGGGGUUAUAUGUCAUGCGAAAUGGUUCAAUCCCGUGUGGUGCAUUUCUGUGUGGAGUUUGCCUGUUCUUCCCGUGUCCGCGUGGGUUUCCUCUGAGUACUCUGGUUUCCUCCCACGGUCCAAAGACAUGCAGGUUAGGUUAAUUGGUUGGGUGUGAACAGGGUGCUCAGUCAAACUACCAUGUGUAAAUAAACUUUAAUAAUAAUAAUGAUAAUACUAAUCAGUGCUCCCUAACCUGCAAAGACAUGCAGGUUAGGCUGAUUGGAGAGUCUAAAUUGACCAUAGAUAUGAGUGUGUGAGCGAAUGGUGCAUGUGCCCUGCGAUGGACUGGUGACCUGUCCAGGGUGUAUUCCUGACUUUCACCCAAUGUAUGCUGGGAUAGGCUCCAGCCGCCCUGCUACCCUGUUCAGGAUAAGCGGGUUAGGAUAAUGGAUGGAUAGAUGGAUAAUACUAAUCAAGCGGGGUGGUAGGGCUGCUGUCUGUUAAACCCUUGUUCCCGACGUAGUCUAAACAGACCACUCUAUGCUUCAUUUUUAAUAUUACUGUUUUAUUCAUUUCAUUUAUUUCACAGGGACAUUUUUAUGUGUCAUUUUUAACAUACAUUUCACAAAGUUAAAUAUGAUUCAUCACACCAGUUAGCGAUAGCUAAUUUACACAUCUGCUGUCACUUGACUGCUUCAUACCCUACAGAUAACCCCCUCUAUUAUUGUGUUUGUGUACAUGGUGUUAAUGAUAUAAAACAGGGUUUUAGAAAAGUUAUAACACAUCAAACACGCUUAUUCUUUGACUUGAAUGAAGCCACUUCAUCAUGGAUAAUUACAAUAAGUGAUUUUAGAUUUUUAAUUAAAAAGGGGUCUAAAUGUGCAUUGAUGAGAUUUUACCAGCAGGUGGUGCUGUAGAUCCACCAGUUUUAGCCGUUGUUGUUUUGUAUGCUGCAAACGCCUUCAUUAGAAUACAGAAGGUGAACUGGCCCUGACCAACAAUAUAGCAUUCAGGUACUGCUGUUGCAUCUCAUUUGCGCCUUCCAACAUUUAAUAAUGUCAAUUCCUGAAAUUGUUCUCCAAGUCUGAUCUUAGAAUCUUAUUUCUGGUUACUGGUUUGAUUCAGGUGUUUCUAUAAAGAACAAUUGCUGACCAAAAGGAUCCAUAUUACCUUGAUGGUGAAGAGAAAUAUGGGGGCAAUGUGGGGGGAAAAAUAUAUUCCCUAGGUUCAGGGUAACUUUUUCAUUUUCUUUUAGUCUUCACUGGAGUUUUUAUGGAUGGGUUAUGGCUGGUCACUGGGGGUCAGUUCCAAUCCUCUUUCUUUUUUGUGGUGAUGUGGUUUUAUUUUCUUGUAGGAAAAAUCUUUUUUUUUUUUCGGUGUGUUUCUGUGUGGUAGAGAAAGUGCUGCACAAGUGUCCCUCCUGGGACACCGUACUGAGAUGUGUCAUGUGACUCCCAAGGCGCACUCCACAGUUUUGCCACAGAAAGAAUAAGUCUGAGUUGACCAACCUGGCAUACUUGUCAUUGUAACUCAGAAGCAUGCCCAACCAAGAUGGCUACGGUAUACCUCCCUGCCCAUAGCUAUUUGGGUUUUAUUGUUGUUUGGUGCAAGUUUCACAGACACAGCUUAGAGUUUAGCAUGGAAAAUCUCCAUUGAAAAUUUUAUUUUGAGCUAGAAUCUAGAACUAGAAUUAACCUGUGGCUGUGAAACUGGCCCAUUAUUUGUUUUCUUAUUUCAAAUUGUCAGCUGAGUGUGCUGUAGAUUUGUGUGGCCAGCUCUCAGAGCUUGUGAAAAUACUUGUAAUGUACUGUAAUGGUGUGAAUUUCAGUGCCGAAGAGAAUGGAAUAGUCUGUUUUGAGCUUUGAGGAGUGGUUCCUUCACACUGGCACUCUUUAAAUCUCACGCUGGGCUGGACCUAAACUACAUUUGUGUGUUUUUUAUCUGCCAUUUCUUGUUUGUGUGUUCAAGUGUAGAUGUGUGUGUGUGUGUGUGUAUGUGUGAGUGUGCAUGUGAGUGUAGGCUUCAAGAAUGUACAUAUGCGUCUGUGUGUGUUUUAGAUAUGUCUAUACAUAUAAACAUUUUUAAACGGCAUAAAACAUAUCUGUAGAUGUAUUUGUUGUGUUUAAAUGUUUUUACCCAUGGAAUGACCGAGGAGAAAAACACCAGCGGUCUUUUGAAAACCAAAGACCAAAUAAAGUUUAAUAUUCCAUCUCU